UACAUAUACGUAGGUAUUUGUUUAUUUACCAUGACUACGUCACAGUCUGCGACAUCUUUCGGUCAUGUAUUAGUUUUCAAUUACUUCCUGUCAAGUUUUGUCUAUUCAGUGAUGAUAGUCUAGCCAAAAACAGCUGAUUUGCUAACUUACCCCAAUUUUGACAUUACCAUAUAACUAUUCAUUUAUUUACACUAUUGAUGAUAAAAAUUUCGUUUAUUGUCUGACAUGUAAAUAGUACUUAAUUUAUUCCAAUGAUAAGUGGUAUUGUAGAUGAAAAAGAGUUCAAAUUUAUAGAAUAAGGUUUUGGUUAAUUUGUUGAACCGGUUUUUAUAAUCAUGGCAAGCUCGAUUAUAAAUUCGAAUAAUAGUUAUAAUUUUAAAGUUGUAUUACUUGGAGAGGGGUGUGUUGGUAAAACCUCAUUAGCGUUGAGGUAUGUUGAAGACAAAUUCAAUGAUAAACACUUGUCUACAGUGCAGGCUUCUUUCUUUGAAAAAAAAAUUAAUAUCAACGGAAAAAGAGUAAAACUAGCAAUUUGGGAUACUGCAGGCCAAGAACAAUUUCAUGCUUUAGGACCAAUUUAUUAUCGAAUGUCUAAUGGAGCGAUAUUAGUUUAUGAUAUCACCAAUAAUGAUGCAUUUCAAAAAGUUAAAAAUUGGAUAAAAGAAUUAAGGAAAAUGCUUGGAAAUGACGUAUGUUUAGUAAUUGCUGGUAACAAAAUUGAUCUUGAAAAAGAUAGAAAUGUGACUGUAGAAGAAGCUGAAGAGUAUGCGAAACAAGUCGGAGCAGUUCACUUUCAUACAUCAGCGAAACAAAAUAGAAAUAUCGAAGAACUGUUUUUAGAUUUAACGAAGAGAAUGAUAGCCCAUGCUGAUGAAGUAGAACAGAAAAAGUCUAGCCUUAAUAGGACAAGUAGUACAAGAAGGAAUGUGAUUGUUGUUGAUGAUGAAGCCGAGAUCCAAACGACAAAAUCAUCUUGUUGUGGAAGCUCGCAUUCUUCCUAAAUAAGUUUUUUUUACGAAAAGCAAAGAAUAUUAUAUAUUAGUAAGGUUUUGAAUUAAUCAACACAAAAAAUGGUGAAAAAAACGAUUUGUUUUUACUCAUAUCUAAAGAUCUUGAGAUCAACUAUUGGAUAGAAAUAUUUUAUUAUCGGAAAUAUAAACAAAUAAGACGUAAUAAACUCAUUAUAUAAUUAAUAAUGAAAGUUAUAUGGAGUGCAUUUAUAACGAUAAUUAAAUUAUUUAUAGUUUAUAAAUGUGAAUUGAAAACUUUCUACAUAACUGCCAAAUAUAGUUAUGUAUUCAAAUAUAUAUUAUCAAUGCUUUGAACAGUAAAAAUAAAUAGGCCUUUACUUGAAUGAAAACAAAUAUAUUUAUACCUUGAAAAUGAAAAGAUAAAAAUUCGAUAAAAUUUUGUAUCUUACUUAGAUAUAAAUUUAGUUGCAAAUCAUUUUUAUUUAAAAACAUAUACUCUUCUCUGAGUGAAAUAUUCACACGAUUAUAAAUGAAGUUAAAAAUGAAAAGAGGUGAUACAAAUAAUGAUAAUAAAAAUAUUAUAAGUGAGCGUGUAUACAUGAAUAAUUUUAAAUAAUAAAUAAAAUAAAAAUGUAUAUAUUAAUAAU